AUGUUUGGCACCUCGCCGGUUGCCAAAGACUCUACUGCAACGAGUGAGCCGACGCCUCCGAAUCCUUCCCUGGCCACGAACCAUUCCACCGCGGCCGACUCUACGCCUCGCUCCGAGAAGCCAACGUCCGGAGCCGAGAAGCGAACAAGCGGUCCAGAAGCGACGCCGAACAAGAAAACCGCCGACGAAAGUCCGUCGAUUCCCGAGAAGAAGCGAAGAAGUAGUAGCGUCGCGAAAGCGCGGGAUAUCUUCUCCAGCGCAAAGAACUCGCUCUCGUUCUCGAGUCACUCGCCCUCCGAUCGGCAGGAAAAGAUGUCGGCCCUCAGCCGGUCGACCAAGGGAGGGGAUCCGGCACUGCAUGUUCAACAGGGAGCGUUUAAUAACUCCGCUGGCGAAUCAAAACCGGGACCCAAGUCGACUUUCCGCGUGGGUGUUACGGAAGACAAGAACAAGAAAUGUCGUCGGACGAUGGAGGAUACGCAUGCCUACUUAUACAACUUCCUCAGCACUCCUGUGCCGAAUGCCGGUGAAGACGCUCCGCGAACCGAUUCCCCAGCCGAAGGAACCGAUCCAUCCCCUAUCGAGACGGACAACGGCUACUUCGCGAUCUUCGACGGCCACGCCGGCACCUUUGCCGCCGAUUGGUGCGGGAAGAAGCUCCAUCUAGUCCUCGAAGACGAGAUCCGGAAGAAUCCGACGCAGCCGGUGCCCGUGCUCCUCGAUCAAACCUUCACAUCCGUCGACCAGCAGCUGGAAAAGCUCCCGCUCAAAAACUCUGGUUGCACCGCCAUUACCGCCGUGCUGCGAUGGGAGGACCGAAUAGCGAGCUCACAGAACCCGACUGGAUUUGCGGCAGUGGAUCGUGGUGCGGCCAACAUGGGGGGAGACAACACGACCGAGAACCCUGGUGCGGGCGAGAAUGGCUCCACGUCGACAGCCGAAACGGAUACCACUAAAACCGAAGCGAAUCCUCCCGGUGGGCCGGUUCGACAACGUGUAUUAUAUACGGCAAAUGUUGGUGAUGCACGGAUUGUCCUUUGCCGAAAUGGCCGUGCAUUACGAUUAUCCUACGAUCAUAAAGGAAGCGAUGAGAACGAAGGACGCCGCGUAGCGAAUGCUGGAGGCUUGAUACUCAAUAACCGAGUGAACGGAGUGUUGGCCGUGACGCGCGCGCUGGGAGAUUCGUACAUGAAGGAUCUGGUCACCGGACGCCCAUACACGACGGAAACGGUCAUUCAACCUGACGCCGACGAAUUCUUAAUAUUGGCAUGCGAUGGGCUCUGGGAUGUCUGCUCCGACCAAGAAGCCGUCGACCUCGUCCGCAACAUACAGGAUGCGCAAGACGCGAGCAAGAGACUCGUCGACUUCGCCCUCUCCCGCUUCUCCACCGACAACCUGUCCUGCAUGAUCGUGCGCUUCGACAACAAAGCUCUCCUGGAGCAGAUGCGCCUGGAUCAGCCCCCAUCCGCUGAUGCCGAGCCGAGAGUAUCCGCCGAUGGCGCCAAGGACAAGUCCGUCGGCGUCGGACAGACCGGGAUCAGCGAAGCCGACGCCAUCGUGCGCGACGCGGCGCGAAAACAGGGCGAAGCAGGUGAGAGCAACGCCGUUGAGGACAUGAUUAUCGAGGAAGAGCAGGUCGAUGUCGAGGACCCCGGUCCGGAGUUGAACGCGGAGGCGUUGAGGGAAGCGCAGGCGAAGCGGAAAUCCGCGGGGACGACGACCACGGAUCCGUAA